ACAUUCACCGUUACACUGUUUCUGAGGAAACGAAAGGUGUCUUCAACUUUCACUUUCUUUUCCAAAGGCUAAAGGCAGUUGCAUAGGCAAUAUGUUUGCCUGAUAAGACUACAAAACACAGGUUUCCGUGGGAAUACAUCGCACCAGGAGGACAGCCACACCCCUUUCCUGCCCAGUGGAGGGCAGAGGUUUGAAGAGAGGUCCAGCCUUUAAAAGCCUCCCUCCCCAUUUUGGAAGCAGUCGGCUGCUGCCUCACACACACACCCAUCUUUGGCUCUGACUACAUCACUAACAGAAGUUGGGAGAACACUUUUUUUUUGCUGUUUUAUUUCUUUUGCCAACUCGUCUGUCAAGAUGGCCAGCUCCAAGUCCUUGCCUAUGGUACGCAUCCUCAUCGGCUUCCUGGCCCUGUGGUUCAUCGUCUCGCUCAUCCUCAUCUUGGUGUGGGCCAUCUCUCCGAACAUGAAGGGGGAAAGCCAGUGCAAUGCCGAGCUGCAGACCCUCAAGGAUGAGUUUGACAAGAAAAGGCUGACAUGGGACGAGGACCGACGAGCUAUGGAGACCAUGGUGUGGCAGGGCCGUACCAACCAGAGCCUUCUGCUGAACUGGACACGCCAGCUACAGGAACAAUCUGUUCUCAAAGCGAAUAUCACUUCACUGGAGAAUGAGACUGAACUACUGAAAGCCAGUGAGGCCAGCCUAACUGAACAAGUCUCUCAGCAGCAAGACUUGAUUGAAUACCUGCAGCAUAAUCUGACCCAGACAGCCAGCAAGCUGAAGGCCUGCAUAGGUUUGCAUGCAGCUGCUCAGAUUCUUCAACAAACUGCGGAGACGGAAACCGUGGCCUGCCACACCAACCAGCAGUACUUACAAAAGCAGCUGUCAAAGUGCAAACAAAUGAGUCAUACCACUAAGCCAAAAGAUGAAGGACCCACUGGAGCCAGUAGUAGCAUUGCGCUACUCAUCGUCCUCGGCAUUGUUUCAUUUUUGAUACCUUAGUGGGAAUGAAGAGAUGGCAAAGUGAUUGGGUACAUAUUUCAGUACAACACUGUUUCAAGACACCAGUAAAGGUGUACAUGUAACCUGGACUUGAAACACAUUUUUCUAUGGAAAUGCACUGCUGUAAAAAAUAUGGGAAUGUUCUGCUUUCCAUAUAAGGACACCCCCAUACAUGAUGUAUUUACAUUUAAAAGGGAAACGAUGAACGAGCUUGACCUUAUUCAUCUAAUUCAAACCAAAUGGCAAAACCAAAGGCUAUUCCUUGUUUCAGCAGUAUGAAAACCAAUUAAGAAAGUGUUAUUUAACCCAAUUCCUGUGAUGCACCACAUGAUUACAUUUUUUCUCUGUUCCACCUCCCAGCAUCCUUGGACCAAACCAUUAAGUACAUCAAAUACCUGGAAGGCUCCAGGUAUGCUGGGAGCUGGGUUACAGCAAAAAUGUGAACUAGCUAAUGGGUCCUGAAAAUUGAGCUUUAAAAAAGUAUGAAUCCAUUCUAUAUUAAGGUUUUUAUGUUAAAAAAAAAAAAAAAAAAGGAAUUAUACCAUGCCUGUUAGCCUACAGUUUAGGCUAUUUAUUAAUGCUGGACUUACCAGAAUAAUGACAAUUGGUGAGGCAUGGAUUUUGCUAACUGUUGUGAAACUGUAAAAUUGGACCACAGUGAUGUGGUGUCUAGACCUACCCUACCUGCCAAUACAUGAGACAUUCCAACAUAAAAGAAAAAGUAGCCUAAAUCGCGCACUGUUGACACUAGUCUAUCAAAAACUGAUAUUUCCAGAAAAAGGGUCCAGCAGAAUCCUGCUGAUUUUAAGCCCUGGGUCCUGAAUGAUUAAGUCUAUAUUAACUGGCAAAAUUACAGGAGAAGCCAAAGGAAUUAGCUGACUACAAUUGGGCAGGUAUAUUGGCAGAUAUGUGUCUAUUUGAAACAUUUUAUUUUAGAUGUGUGUUUAAACCUUUUUAAAUAAAAUUGUCAUUAUUUUAA